AUAUUAUUGCGGUAUCCCACUCUCCAAACAUACCACGAUUUCAGAAUUCUUUUCACUAACUAAAAUAGUAAUAAUCACUGUUCAGUGUUCUUCUUCAGUUUAGAUCGGCUUCAUUUCCCCUUUGGACAAAUCUGAGUCUGAACGAUGAAGCGAAUGCAAAAGCACCCACCACAAUGUUAGAAGAAAGAAGAAAAACGUAGAGCUAAAUUCCAUACCCAAACAAAACCCGACCGGUUUUUUUCAAUUGAAAUCCAAGAAAUGAAGGAUGAAGAGACACUCCCAAUUGCGAAAAAGGAAACCCUAACUUCAGAUUCAGGUUUAUUCGGAAGAGGAAGUUACAAAUUUUGGGCACUGGCGGCCAUUUUGCUCCUCGCACUGUGGUCCAUGUUCACCGGCACCGUCUCGCUCCGGUGGUCGGGCACGCUCAACACCUUCUCCCAUGACCUCCACGUGCCGCUCCACGACCACCUCGACGUCCUCGAAAUGGAGGAGAGAGAGAAGGUGGUGAGGCACAUGUGGGACGUGUACACGAAUAACCGUAGGACCAGGUUGCCUCGGUUCUGGCAAGAGGCCUUCGAGGCUGCGUACGAGGAUUUGAGCAGUGACGUGGCGGAGGUUAGAGACGCUGCCAUCGCCGAGAUCGCUAACAUGUCUCUAAGCUCCUUUGAUAUUCAAUUGCCUCCUGUCACACAUUCUACGAGAGCACAGGAAGUUGAUAAGAACCUCGAGCAAUUGGAGAAAGGUAAAGGUGCAACCUCCAAACGUGCAUAGAUAUUGGAAUGUGAAGCAACCAAAGGGCCGUGUUACCUGAAGCUUAUCUUGUGGUUCCCAGGCGGACUCAUACUCCGGUUUUCAUGCAUCCGUAACACGGAAAAUUAUGUACUUUAUUUGGUUGUGAUUCUUUCAAAUUUUGCAGUCAACUUCAUAAUGUUCACUGUACUAGUAAAUUGGAACGUGAUAAAUCAGAUUAAAAGUAUAUUUCUGGUUUGAUUUCAUAUA